AUGGCUAUAGAACAACCCCCUCUUAUUGUUGACCCUGAUAGGAUUGAUGAUCUACCCAAACCUUCCCCCUACACUCUUGCUGAGGCUUCCAUCCCUGAUCGUAUCGAGUGUAUCGUUCCAAUAUCUGUCCGCCCCUCUCUCAUCGAUCCUAAAAACAAAGGUCUUUAUGUUGAUAAGGCUGUAUCUCCUGGAGACAUCUUGUUUACAAUUAAAAAGCCUUUGUUCGCUAUUGUCGAACACGAGAACACGAGAUUAAGAACCUGCGAAAACUGCUUUGCAUACCAGAGCGUGGAGGAUGAAAUAGGAACUGUCAGUACUGUAGAGAGAGGUAUCGAGACAGCUAUCCCAUUCGACCAGUGUGGAAGCUGUGGGGUAUACCACUACUGUGACACGAAAUGCCAGAGGGAAGCAUUUGAACACCAUCAUAAGCAUGAAUGUCUUGCUUUCGUAGAAUUUUUAUCCGAAGAGCCCUUAGCAGAGAGGUUCAUUGAGCGUACGGAUUUUCGCUUUGUUCUCCGUUUCCUGUCCAUGGCCAAGGCAAAUCUUCUGACAGAAGCAAUAAUGAGGGAAUUCUUCACAGCACCGAUAGGGAAUUUGUAUGACUUCGAGCCUUCUAUGGAGACCUCCUACAGAAAUUUGAGUCUCAAUUUGAAACUUCUCGCAAAGUCGCCUGUGCACGAAGAUUCAGUCUUACAUCUUCUCUGCUUUGCUGUUCAUCAAUCUAUUCCGAUGUACCAACCAUUCAUAUGCGAAUUCAAUAGGCAUGAUAUAAGUUAUUGGAAUACAAGUUCUCCAACAAGAAUUGCUUGUGGUGCCUGCUACGAGCCGUUCAUCACAAUCAUGAGAAACGAUUGCAAUGCCAACACUCGCGAGUACUUUGACGGAAUGUCAUACAUUAUACAAGCUAAUCGUGCGAUCCCUGCCAACACUGAGAUUACCCGCCGUUUCAGUUCUUGGAAUGACUACGAAGCCCGCCGUCUUGAAUUCAUGAUGAAAGAAAAACUUGAUUGCAAGUGUAAUUUAUGUAUUCGAGGAAAUCUAGGACCAACAGGUGACCUUCGAGAGCGCAUGCUUGCAGUUUCCAUUUGCAAUUACAAGCCUGGACUCGACAAGGAGUUGCUGAAAGAACAACUAGCCAUUGAUCACAAAGUUAUUGCUGAUCUGAGAUCCAAUGGAUUCGGCUACGAUUGCCCUGAUCUAAGAAGAGUGUAUAUGAGUGUAUUCAGCGGUCAAUUUGAUCGAGACUGCCGAACUAGAACUCAAGAUUAUAAAGGGUCCUUGAAACUUCUUCUCGCCGUCUACUACUUGAUCGACCCAGUGGCAUGCCCGGCACCAUCACCGGAAGAACGCAUCAAAGUUCUGCAUUUCCUCGUUGUUAUCGCCUACAGUCGAAAAGACCCACGAUUCAAGGUCAGCGAGAUCGUCCUCAAAAUGCGCAAAUUCAUCUAUCAUUGGCGUUCGCAGCUCGUUCACUACUCCAGGCAAAUGGGUGGCCCCAAUACCAGGAUUGCUACAUUCCAUCGAAAUGCAUUCAAGGAAGACCUAGAGGCUAGUGAUAUACCUGUUUACACGGAUAAAGAUUCUCUCGUGAAGGAAUUGAAUAGUUGGUUCAAGUUGCUUGGUUUUGCUGAGAUGACAUCAGAGCAGAUUCUUCGUACCUAGAUGGACCAAAUAAUGUGUAGGGAGGGCACUUCGUGGUUGAAAUGACUUU